AUGAAUGCCAGAAGUGAUGAAAGAAAAGGCGAUGAUCAUUUGGAUUUUUCGAAAAGCAGAACUGGUUUUCGACAAGAAAUCUCAUCACCCAGCAAGGUAGAUAAAAUAUCUAAUAUAAAAUACGAAGCUAAAAAACCUUGGGCUUCUCAUGAUGAUUAUGACAGUGAGUUUGAUGUUAAGAGAGAUGAUGAUGAAGAUGUUGAUUAUGAAGCGGCCGAUUACGAAGACGAUGAUAUUCAAAUUCCAGAGGUUUUACGCAAAGCUAAAAAAGAAUUUAAAAAGAAGGACAGUUUAGAUUUGAUAUCGUCUACCGAAAGUUCAGAAUUAAAGAAGAAACAUAUUUUAGAUUUGGAGUCGUCUUCUGAGAUUUCGGAUAUUAAAAAGAAAAUUACCCCAGACUCAUCUUCUGAAAGUUUAGAAAUAAAAAAGCCCGCACAAAAAGCUACAAUGAAAAACCGAAAAGAAGAAGACACAAUUAAAACGGUUAAAGUUGAUAGUAUAAGUAAAUCAGAAGCUUCAGAACCAAAGCAAACGACAGGUGAAGAUAAAACAAAGAAAGAUGAAAUAAUUAAGAAAAGUUCCUUCAAAAUAGAACUCGACGAUGAAGAUGACGAUGACGAUGAUGACGACGACGACGACGAAGAUGAUGAUAAACCUACGAUUAAAAUAGACCAGGAAAAGAAAAAAAUGGAUACAAAAGCUAAAAACCCGGAUUAA